UUUUUUAUCCCUCCCUCCUCCCGCACAACCGGGUUUCGGUCUUUCGGGCUGAGCAGGAAGCGAGCGGUGGGGGGAGAGAAAAAAAAUAAAUACUACUACUCCUACUACUACUCCUGCUACUACCAGCACCACCAGCGAAGAAAAUGGAGAUGGUGUGUGAGAACGGCACGCGCCGACCGUACAGGACACCGAGCGAGGCGGAUCGGCAGCCGGUGCACAGAUGGACGAGCGCCAACAUGUCUGCCAACCACCACAGUUGCCUCCUGAAGCAGUUGGACCAACAGCGACGCCAGGAGCUGUUCUGCGACUGCAACGUGCUGGUAGGUGGACGCCUUUUCCGGGCGCACCGCAACAUCCUGUUCGGGAGCAGCGGCUACUUCCGCAUGCUGCUGUCUCAGGGUGCGAGGGACAGCCUGGAACCUGCAAGGGCCUCGUUUGACGCCUUCACCCCCGACACCUUCGCCACCAUCCUAGACUUCGUGUACUCGGGUCACCUGGCUCUGGGCAGCAGCAAUGUGAUCGAGGUGAUGUCUGCCGCCAGCUACCUGCAGAUGGACAACGUCAUCGCCUACUGCAAGGCCUUCAUCGAGUCCUCGCUGGAGAUCAGCGCCAAGGAGGCAAACGAGGACACCCUGCCUCCUCAGAGCGUCCUGUGGGAGCACCAGGAUGACGGUAAGGACGAGGACGAGUACGAGGCAGAGAUGUCGAACGAACAGAGCCCGCAGUGCCAGCCGGUUCUGGAGGCGGGCUUGAAGGAGGAGCAGGUGGCACAGUUCGAGGCAGUUUCUGAGCCCAGGAGGAGAGGAACCAGGAAAAGAUCGGCCACUCAUCGGUACACCCCAGAUGAGAGUUCACCGAUUGACCUCCAGAGGGCAACGACAGGCACACAGAAAGCAGACGAGCUCUAUGCCACCCUGCCUACCAUCGUAGGAGUUGUGGGGGUUUUCAAUAAAGACUCCACCCCCACAGUGCGCUUUAAGUGCCCAUUCUGCACACACACCGUGAAGAGGAAAGCGGAUCUGAAGAGACACCUGAGGUGCCACACAGGUGAGAGGCCGUACCCUUGCCAGGCCUGCAGUAAACGCUUCACUCGUCUCGAGCACCUACGCAGCCACUUUGAGACGAUCCACCAGGCGCGUAAGCUGGUGUGCCGGAAGUGUAAGCGGCAUGUGACGGAGCAGAACAGCCGUGUGGUGUGUGAGGGCUCACGCCGAUAUCGGCUCUGUGAAGCGUGCCUGCAGGAGAGCGGCUUGGUGGCACGUGAUGGCACCGACGCUAACACAGAGGAGCCAGGUCUUCUGCUGGGGGUGGAGGAGGAACUGGAGGGAAACCGCAAUGCCUCAUGGGGGAUGGAGGAUGAGGAUGACCUUGCUGAGGAUUCAGGAACUGACCUCAUCAUUCAGGAAGUGGAGGACAGUGAUGAGGAGCCCAGCGCGAAGUGAUGCUAGUGCGUGUGUGUGUGUGUGUGUGUGUGUGUGAGUGUGAGCAAUUUGCGCCAAAUUCAGCUUCACGUCUUUCAAAAACAGGCAUCUUUGAAUCAAAGAAAAUGUUCUAUAUAUGUAUAAUUGUAUUAUAAAAAGAAAAGUAUGUAAAUAGUUUAUUUCAAUAUCACACUUGGUUAAAUUAUUUCCUCUUGCUUCUUAUAUCAGGAAACAAAUGAUCUUGCAAUGUAAUAUUCAGGCAAAAUAAGCCAAAAUUUCCUGCAUUUUCUUAUGACUUAUGAGUUCUUUUAUCCACAUUUAUGUUCACUUUGCCAAAUAUUUUAAAGAUUCUUAAUGAUAUCGUAAAAGUUCUUUAGUGUUAAAUUUUACGUUGUCCAAGCGACUUUCUUUACAUCACCGUUUGAACAAUCAAGCGUCAUUUUAUGUUAAUGUUUAUCUUAAUGUUUCAUGUACAGUUUUAUGGAAAUUAAUACACUUUGCACUCCUCUAUCAAUCCUUAUUAUUAUUAUUAUUAUUAUUAUUAUUAUUUUGUUGCUCAGUAAGACAAUGAUCCUAUCUUAUUUUUACUUUUUUAUGAAUAAAAAUAUGCAUUUAUUAUUACAUUUGCUAUAAAGCUGAAUUAAAUUCGUUACUAAAGUAUGGCAGAAGUCAUGCUUUCUUUUUUUUCCUUAAAUACGUAUAAUACUAAUUUCCAGCCCACCUGUUAACUAUUUAGCUAUGAUAUCCGGUCAUUAGUAUCUCCUCCAUGCUCUUGAAACUGUGCUGGGAGACACACUAAACGUCCUUACGACGGUACGUAUGGAUGUGCCAUCCUGGAGGAGCUGGAUUACCUGUGCAACCUGAUUGGGUUGCAUGUACUGCCUCAUGCUACAACUAAUGACAAGGACCCUGACAAAACUAGAGACAAAACUAGAGACAAAUAAGUCAGGAAGGAUAAGGAGAGAGUAAAUGUCUGUGACCUGCAAAACCAUUCUCUUUUUGGGUGGUUGUCUUGCUGUUGCCUCUCCAGUGCACCUGUUGUCACUUUCAUUUGCACCAAAGCAGG